AUAAAGAUAGUUGUUCUCAAUAGAGAAAUUGGAGAUGGAUUCUUCGCUUCAAUGCUCAUGCCACUUACACAGCAAGCUGAGAUAGCGUGUGAGAAGGUGAAGCAAAUGAAAGAGUUGAGUCAAGGAUACAACAUUGUUGGAAGAUCUCAGGGGAACCUAGUGGCUCGAGGCUUGAUCGAGUUCUGCGACGGCGGGCCUCCGGUGUACAACUACAUAUCUUUAGGUGGUCCUCAUGCUGGGAUAUCCUCUGUUCCUACGUGUGGUGCACAGAUGCCCGGUCUCGUAUGUGAUGCAUUUGAUGCGCUAGUCAAAGCAGAUGUCUAUAGCGAGUUCGUUCAGGAUCAUUUUGCUCCCAGUGGUUAUUUCAAAAACCCUAUGGAUAUGAAGAGGUACCUGGAAAACUCGAAGUAUCUGCCUAAGCUUAGCAAUGAGAUACCAAACCAAAGAAACUCAACUUACAAAGAUCGUUUCACCAGUUUACACAAUCUGGUUCUUGUCAAGUUUCAGAACGAAACGAUUAUCAUCCCAAAUGACUCAACUUGGUUCGGGUUUUACCCGGAUGGUCAGGUCGAACCCGUUCUCCCGGCUAACAAGACAGCGCUCUACACCGAGGAUUGGAUCGGAUUGAAAACAUUGGAUGCGGCUGGAAAAGUGAAGUUCGUGAGUGUACCAGGUGGACAUCUCGAAAUGGCAGAUCAUGAUGUCCUCAAAUACAUCGUCCCGUAUCUUCAGAAUCAAUCUUAGAGAAAAGACCCCAAUCAGCUAUACUAAUUUAUGCAAUAUCAAAAAAAAAGCUUAGUGAUGAUUGUAUUCCGUAUCUUUAGAAUCAAUCUUCUCCCGCUUAGUGAUGAUUGUAUCGAACAAGAAUCAUUACUUUUAUAUAAAUAUAAUCGAAUUAAUCAGUAUAUCUGAUUCUAUUGUUGAUUGCACGUCCGCCUUCUCGAUUUCUUGAUACAGAAGGAAACAAUCGAGUUACCUUUCCGACAAACAUAACUCCCUGAAAACAAGACUGCACGCAAGACCAUCAGGUCUUAUCUCGCGGACCAACAUCUUGUCAUACGGAUUAGCGACACAGUAGCCGAACUAAAACAUUCAGAAAGAGAAACACCGCCAAGUUUCACCAAUUUACCAUUCGAAACAGAGCUUCUAGGUCAAUGGUUCUUUAUUUUUCAACGGUUUAUUUGGUCGGUUUGCAACUAAACGUUUGGUUCUCGUCUGGUUAUAGUAAACUACAACUAAAAGUUCCAUCUCAACAAUGUGCCUUCGAUGGGGCUUCUCUGAUCACUUGGUUUCAAAACCAUUUCCUUUGUUGGACCACUAGAGCUUAUGGGCAUAAUUAUGUAAUAAGCUAAAACAACUUGGGCUAGGCUUUGUAAUAUUUUUA